CCCUGGAUUAUUAAUAUUAUAAUCAAAGAAUUGAAAACCCAUUUGCAAUAAUAUAUAAGCUAGGACUCUCAAUUUGAAUGAUGCAUGAACAACUACCAUCACCAAUUCACCAUGCAACUCACCUCCAACCUCUCAGCAGCAGCCAUGCAACUCGCACAUACAUCCUCCAUCUUCUUCUUCUUCUUCUCUCUACUUCUCCUCCUUGGGUCAAUCGCAACCGUCGAAUCCACCACCUCACCCAAUCCAAAAACCCCCCUUGAUGACUUCAUCAACAAAAGUUGCCAAGUGACCCUGUACCCAGACUUGUGUUACUCUUCCCUCUCCUCCUCCUACACCGGUGACCCGGAUCUCGGGAAACUAACUUAUGCUGCUAUUAACAUUAGCCAUGCUGAAGCCAUUCAUGCAGCAGAUUACGUCAUGACAUUGAGUAAUAAAAAGACUUCCACCGGAGAUGAUGAGGCAAUUUUGGAUUGCGUAGAGCUGACGGAAGAAAGUGUACAGCAGGUUCGGAAGUCGCGGAAUCAGAUGGCGACGGUUCUGAGGAGUGGAAGUAGAGCUCAGAAGAAGGAUGAGAGGGAGAAGAGGAAGAGGAGGUUUGAGAUGAGUAAUGUGCAGACGUGGAUGAGUGCGGCAAUAACUGACCAAAAUACUUGUAUAGAUGGGUUUAGCGACGACAAGGGUGGAAAAAAGGACGACGAGGAGGAGGAGGUGACUAUGAAGGUCAGGAUGGUGGUGAAGUUUAUUAGUAACGCUUUGGCGUUGGUUAAUAGUUUUGUGGAUGCUACCCUUUAGGAUGUAGUGUCUUGGGAAUGGGAUCGACUUGUUAUAUUCUUAGGGUGUCUAAGAUUGAUUCUUUUCAUCUAGAGAGGUGAUUUGUUACCCGUCUCACCCAAUUAUAUAUUGGCUCUCUUGUGUUGUUUAUUUUUCGUCUCCGUCAAACAUGUAUGUCAUGUUUACUUUCGUGUUGAUAUCACAACUAAACCAGACUAAGUUUUCUAAACGUCAAGUGGCUUGUAAUUAAAUUAGACAAAAAUUACCCAA